UUUGAUACUUAGGUAAAGAGAAUAUGUCCGAAAUAUUGUGUACUGUGAGAUCGACUAUAAGGAUAUUUUUGGUAACGCACCGCAUUUAAUUCAUCAGUUUUAACCUCCAAAACGGAUAAAUCUCAUCGUGAAAGGUCACAAUUGAAUAAUAAAGACUUCAGUUGAAAUUGUCAGCACAAUGCCUGUAACUGAGGGGACGCAGUUUGGCUUGCCACCAGCCACUGGGUUGUAUGAUCCCAGGUAUGAGUCAGAUGCUUGCGGUGUUGGUUAUGUUGUCAGCAUUGAUGGAGUACGGUCACAUAAGAUAUUGCGGGACUCUGAGGUGAUGUUACGGAGGAUGGAGCAUAGGGGAGCUUGUGGGUGUGAUAAUGACAGUGGUGACGGGGCUGGCGUACUCACAGGAAUACCACACAAACUGUAUGCAAGGAUUAUGAAGGCACAAGGUGUGAGUCUACCUGAUGAAGGAACUUAUGCCACAGGAAUGAUGUUUAUUGAGAAAGUAGACCAGGCAGAAAUACAAGAACUCUUCACUGGCAUAGCUACUAAGUUUGGUAUACAGAUAUUAGGCUGGAGGGUUGUAGAUGUUGAUGAUGAUUAUUGUGGUAGAGUUGCUAAAACACAGGAGCCCCUUAUACUUCAGGUGUUUGUAACAGGCGAUAAAGAUACAGAGGAGUUUCAAAGACAGGUGUAUUGUCUAAGGAAGUUUUCCACACAUAGGAUACCUGAGAAAGGUCUACGCUACUACAUAUGCAGCUUGUCAACACAAACUAUUGUUUACAAGGGUCAGUUGAACACUGCCCAGCUGUGGGGUUACUUCAAGGAUCUAUCAGACCCUGAUUAUGAGACUCAUAUUUCUCUGAUCCACAGUCGAUUCUCUACUAAUACAUUUCCAAGCUGGGAACGAGCUCACCCUCAGAGAUACUUGGCUCAUAAUGGAGAAAUCAAUACCCUUAGAGGUAAUAACAACCUUAUGUCUGCAAGAGAAGGGGUCAUGCACAGCAAAGUGUUUGGGGAGCAUCUCAAGCAACUUUACCCAGUAGUUGAGUCUGGUAUGUCCGACUCUGGCUGCGUUGAUAAUGUGCUAGAGUUCCUCUGCAUGGCCGGUGGGCGUGAGUUACCAGAAGCUAUCAUGACUAUGGUACCGGAAGCUUGGCAGAAUGACAAGACUAUGUCCGCAGAGAAAAAGGCUUAUUACCGCUGGAGUGCUUUUGCUAUGGAACCCUGGGAUGGACCUGCACUUCUUACUUUCACUGAUGGGCGGUACAUUGGAGCCAUUUUGGAUCGUAAUGGGCUUCGACCUUCAAGAUUUUAUGUUACCAAGGACAACCAUAUGUAUAUGUCUAGUGAAGUUGGUGUCACCGACUGCAAAAGCCCUGACGUCAUUCAGAAGGGCCGGCUGAAGCCAGGUCGUAUGUUGUUGGUCGAUACAAAGAAGAAAAUAUUUCAGAGGGAUGAGGAUAUUAAAUCUCACCUGGCCAACCUUAGACCUGUGGGGACCUGGCUUAAAGAGACUUUGUCCAUGGCUGAGUUGAGGCAACAUUAUGAUCCAAGCAAGCGCCGUAAGCGGUCUAUAGAUCGUAUGCAUGCCCUACAUGGUAGUUGUCUGGAGGAAGAUAGAAGAUUACCUAUGUUUGGCUGGACCAUCGAGGCCCUCAAUAUGCUUGUUCUACCUAUGAUCAGAGACAAGAAAGAAGCGCUUGGAUCUAUGGGUAAUGACACACCGUUUGCCUGUCUGUCAAGAUAUAAUCCCCUGGUGUUUGAUUACUUUAAACAGUUGUUUGCCCAGGUCACCAACCCUCCCAUUGAUCCAUUCAGAGAGAAGAUUGUUAUGUCAUUGGCAUGUCCUAUUGGACCAGAGGCUAACAUAUUGGAGCCAAGUGCAGAGCAGUGUAGGAGAUUAUGGCUAGAACAACCUAUUCUCUCUCUAUCAGAUUGUGAGGUCCUGAAAUACAUUGACUUUAAGGGUUGGAGGUCAAAGACAAUAGAUAUGGUGUAUCCAGCAAAGAUGGGACCAGGAGGUUUAGUAAAAACCCUGCACAGUCUAUGUGAGCAGUCAGAGAAGGCCGCUGAGGACGGGUACCAGCUGAUUAUCCUGUCAGACAGGGGAGCUAAUAAAAACUUUGUUCCUGUCAGUUCUCUGCUAGCUGUUGGUGCAGUACAUCACCAUCUAAUCAAGAAAAAGCUGAGACUGAAGGUUGGACUUAUUGCUGAGUCUGGGGAAGCCAGAGAAGUUCACCACAUGUGUACACUACUGGGUUAUGGAGCUGAUGCAAUCUGUCCAUAUUUAGUAUUUGAAACGAUAGCUAGAUUGAGGCAACAGAGAUUGUUGGACCCACCACUACCCGAUGAGGAGAUAUUCAUGAACUAUCGUGCUGCCUGUGCUAGAGGCAUCUCCAAAGUGAUGGCAAAAAUGGGAAUCUCGACCUUGCACAGUUAUAAGGGAGCCCAGAUAUUUGAAGCUGUAGGUCUAAGCAGAGAGGUGAUGGAUCUAUGUUUCUCAGGAUCAGCAUCUAGGAUUGGUGGUGUAACAUUUACACAUCUUGGACAAGAGAGAUUUGACCGUCACUCGCUUGCAUACUCGGAGAGAGAAUGUGACAGUAUGUUGGUGAUGAACCCUGGUAAUCUCCACUUUAGAAUGGGAGGAGAGAAACAUGUGAAUGAACCACUCUCUGUGGCUAAUCUUCAGGAUGCAGCCAGGACUAACAGUAAGGAUUCCUACGCCAAGUUUGCGGAGAUGGCAUAUGAAGGCAAUAAGAACUGUACAUUAAGAGGUCAAAUAGACUUCAGAUAUGCUGAUAAACCUAUAGAUCUGUCCGAGGUGGAGGACGCUGCCUCUAUUGUGAAAAGGUUCUGCACAGGGGCUAUGAGUUUUGGAAGUAUCUCUAUUGAAGCACACACAACUCUGGCUAUAGCUAUGAACCGUGUUGGUGCCAAGUCUAACACUGGUGAGGGUGGAGAAAAUGCAGAGAGGUACAUGAAUAUGGACCCAGAAUUCAACAAAAGGUCAAAGAUCAAACAGGUUGCCUCAGGAAGAUUUGGAGUGACAAGCUCGUACCUAAGUCACGCUGAUGAGUUACAGAUUAAAAUGGCACAAGGAGCCAAACCAGGUGAAGGUGGUGAGCUACCUGGUCAUAAGGUUUCUAAAGAUAUUGCCAAAACUAGACAUUCUAUACCAGGUGUAGGAUUGAUCAGUCCACCACCACAUCACGAUAUCUACUCUAUUGAAGAUUUGGCUGAGUUGAUCUAUGAUCUGAAGUGUGCUAAUCCUGAUGCUAGGAUCAGUGUAAAACUUGUAUCUGAAGUUGGUGUUGGUGUUGUUGCCUCAGGUGUUGCUAAGGGUAAAGCAGAACAUAUAGUGAUUUCUGGUCAUGACGGUGGUACUGGAGCCAGUAGCUGGACUGGUAUCAAAGGAGCAGGGUUACCAUGGGAACUGGGAAUAUCUGAAACCCAUCAAGUGCUUACAUUGAAUGAUCUGAGAUCCCGAGUAGUUCUACAGGCAGAUGGUCAGAUUAGAUGUGGUCGAGACAUUGUUGUUGCUGCUAUGUUGGGGGCAGAUGAGUUUGGACUUAGUACAGCACCACUGAUUGUUCUAGGCUGUACAAUGAUGAGAAAAUGUCAUCUCAACACAUGUCCAGUUGGAAUUGCUACACAGGAUCCUAUUUUGAGAGCCAAGUUUGCCGGUCAGCCAGAACAUGUGAUAAACUACCUGUUCCUGUUAGCUGAAGAGGCUAGAGAAUUUAUGGCAAAAAUGGGCUUCAGAAGAUUCCAGGAUUUAAUUGGAAGGACAGAUAGACUCAAGUUUGCUCCAAAUCCUAAAAACCCAAAGGCAAAACUGCUGGAUUUCUCUGCUAUCUUGAAGAAUGCCCUAGACUUGAGACCGGAUACAAACAUAGUGGGUGGUAGUAUACCACAAGAUUUCCAACUGGAGAAAAGAAUAGACUAUGAGAUUAUCAAGGAGGCACAGAAUGUCAUUGACGGUAAACAAAGACAGGUAGUAAUAGAGAAGACUGUUACCAAUGAGGACAGGACAUUUGGUGCUACACUCAGCUACUAUAUCUCCAAGAAGUAUGUAGAAGAAGGGUUGCCAGAUAAGAGUAUAAUUAUUAACUUGAAGGGGUCAGGAGGUCAAAGUUUCUGUGCAUUCAUGGUGAAAGGUGUACAUGUGACACUGGAAGGUGAUGCUAAUGACUAUGUUGGAAAGGGUUUGUCUGGAGGGGAGAUUGUGAUAUUCCCACCAAAGGACAUGCCAGCUGAGUUCAGGUCUGACCAGAAUGUAGUUGUUGGUAAUGUUGUACUGUAUGGCGCAACAUCAGGCAAGGCUUUCUUCAGAGGCCAGACUGCUGAAAGGUUCUGUGUGCGAAACUCUGGUGUUACUGCCAUCAGUGAGGGUUGUGGAGAUCACGGUUGUGAAUACAUGACUGGAGGACGUGUGGUGGUACUGGGCAAAACUGGUCGUAACUUUGCUGCUGGAAUGUCUGGUGGAAUUGCCUAUGUUUAUGACAAAUUCAGUGAUUUUGCUGACAAGUGUAAUCAGGAGUCAGUAGCAUUAGAAAGCCUGGAGCUGUCGGAGGAUAUAAGUCUUGUACAAGGUAUACUGAAGGAGUUUGUAGAAAAGACAGGAUCUAUCAUUGCCCAGCAUGUCCUGGAUAACUGGCAAGGGGAGAGGAAAUAUUUUGUCAAGGUGUUCCCGCAUGAAUACAGGAGAGUGUUAGAGGAGCAAGCUAAGGAGGCUGUUGUUGUAAAAGAAGUUACUCCAGUAGUGACACCUGUAACAAAUGAUGUGGAGAACGAGGCGACCGGUGAAGACGAGGAUGAUGAAAACACGGAAGAUUUUAAAGAGGAAAUAAUUAACCCUUUAGAGGAUGAAGAUCCUAAUAGAAAAGAGAGUCCACUUGCAGAAGAGGUUGCUAUAGAAGAAGAUGAUGAAGGGGCAUCCUCAGAAGAAGAGAAAAUUAAAACUGAUGUCAACAAAGAAUCUGAGAAGGUAAAAGAGGAUAUACCUAAAGAAAAGAAAAAGAAAGAACCUAAAGUUGUAGAUAUAGAGGAAACUGUUGCUGAUCUUGCCUUGGAACAGAAGAAACUAGAUAAACUUAGGGGUUUUGUGAAGUAUAAGCGUGCCACAUACCAGUACCGUGAUCCGAAUGUACGUCAGAAAGACUGGAAGGAAAUUUACAACCAUCGUCAGGUGACGGAAGGUGUGAAGUUACAGGCUGCCAGGUGUAUGGACUGUGGUGUACCAUUCUGUCAGUCUGACCAUGGAUGUCCCCUAGGAAAUAUCAUACCUAAAUGGAAUGACCUAGUUUUCAGGGGUAACUGGAAAGAAGCACUAGCUCAGUUGUUGCAGACAAACAAUUUCCCAGAGUUUACAGGACGGGUAUGUCCAGCUCCAUGUGAGGGAGCCUGUGUAUUGGGUAUCAAUGCUCCAGCUGUCACUAUAAAGAACAUAGAGAAUACAAUAAUUGAUUAUGCCUUUGAAAAAGGUUGGAUCGUACCGGAGAUACCAAAAGUGAGGACUGGUAAAAAGAUUGCUGUUGUUGGAAGUGGACCCGCUGGCCUGGCAGCAGCUCAACAACUUAAUAAGGUUGUUCAGCGUCGUGUAAAUCUAAUGGAACAAGAGGGUAUAACGUUUGUAAGUGGUGUAGAGAUUGGUAAAGAUAAAUUAGGAUCCGAGCUGACUAAGGAAUAUGAUGCCAUGUUGUUAUCUAUGGGAGCUGCUUGGCCGAGAGAUCUACCUAUACCUGGGCGUCAAUUGGAAGGUAUUCAUUUUGCGAUGACAUUCCUGGAAACAUGGCAAAAGAAACAGGAGGGUAAUGAGCUGGAUUACUUAAAGGUCUUUGCUAAGGACAAGGACGUGAUCGUCAUAGGUGGCGGAGACACGGGCUGUGACUGUAUAGCUACUUCUCUCAGACAUGGAGCUAAAUCAAUUACAUCAUUUGAGAUUUUACCAACACCACCAAAGACAAGAGGUCCUGGUAACCCCUGGCCUACAUUCCCUAGAGUGUUUAAAUUGGAUUACGGACAUGAGGAAGUUGAAAUUAAAUAUGGACGUGACCCAAGGAUCUUCAACAUAGCUAGCAGGGAAUUUUUGGAUGAUGGCAAUGGACAUGUAAGUGGAAUCAAGACAUACCUGGUUGAAUGGACAAAGAAUGAGACUGGUCGCUGGGAUAUGAAAGAAGUUCCAGGCUCUGAGAAGAUAUACAAGGCAGAUUUAGUGUUGCUUGCCAUGGGCUUCCUCGGACCAGAGAAGAAAGUGAUUGAAGAAAUGACAUUAAAGAUGGACCCACGAGGAAAUAUACAGACACCAGAAAAUAAAUACUCCACCAGUGUACCUCAUGUUUAUGCAGCUGGAGAUUGUAGACGGGGCCAAUCUUUGGUAGUGUGGGCAAUAUCUGAAGGUCGUCAGGCAGCUAGACAAAUUGACCUUGACCUUAUGGGUAAAACAGCUCUUGCUGGACCAGGUGGUAUAGUGUACCAGCCAGAACUGCAGGCUUGAUGUAGAAAGAGAACAUUUGACAGUACACAAGGGAGAUUUACCGUCAGCAGGAGAUGUUGAAGCUGAAAUAUACACAAUGGGAGAAUAUCAAGUUCCAUAUCAAUUGACUCAUAAAUGGUGUUUAAAGAAAAUCAUACAGGCGUAAUUAUUGUAUGUGUACUUAAAAUAUAUUACAGUAGGCCUAUGAUAAAAUUAAGCAAAUUUUAUUAUUCAUAAAGACAAAUAGUAACUAUUUAGGCAAUUAGAUAGAAAAAAAACAAGUGUCAACUGGGAAAAAUAAAAAUAAUUACCCUGUCCAUGGAGAUAGAGGUAAAAAUUAAAAGAGAAAUAUUGAAUAUUGAUAAAAUACUGGAUACAUCCUAGCCAAAUACUUAACUUUAAGAAAAGAAUAUUAAAAACUUUGUAGGACUAAAAUAAUGUCAUUUAAACGAUCUGUUUUUUGUCUGGUGUAAGUAUUCUUUAAGGUUCAGAGAUGACUGUUAAGGAUCAGUAAGUUUGUCAUAUAACCAUGAAACUUGGUUUUGACAACAUUUUGGAUACAGGUGUCUUUGUAUUUUCACUUUCUGUCCAACUGCUUGCUUAAAUGUAGAUUGUUGGCUAUUAUUAUUUCACUAGACACAUAACUAAAUUUAAUGUUAAGACUCACUUGUAGUUUUCAUUGUCAUUGAAAUACCAAGAUAGCUUAGUUCACUCCCAGUCUCAAUUGUGCUGAUUUGAUAAUAUGUCUGCUAAAACUGUUCACACAACCAAAUUGCAUGCAAUUGCCGAGCCAAUUUCAUUACUUUGCUUUUAUACUUUAUUAAGCUUCUUUAUUAUUAGGAAUCAGAAUUCUGUUUUUUGAUAAAUGAAAAAAAAGAUGUUCAAGUAACUUUAUUUUAUUAUCUUAUUGGAAAGAGGAAAGGCCUGAGCUGUAAUUUAAUUGGCUUGUUGGAAAAAGUAAAGGCCUGAGCUGUAAUUUAAUUGGCUUAUUGGAAAAAGGAAAAGCUUGAGGUUUAGGUACACCUUGUUUUACAUGUAUAUGCAACUUUUUCAAAACCCUAAUUUAAAAAGAUUUAUAUGAAUAUUGUUUGUGGUUUGUCACAUGAAAUAUUUAUAUGUCAUCACAUAGAAGAAAAUGUCUCAUUCACCAAUAAGAAGCUUUUGUAGUUACGUAUGUUUGUUGUAUUUUUUGGACCAGAUAUACCUUUGCUUCAGUAAGCUUUACCUGACGAAUAUGUGAACUUCUUAAUAUCAGUAAAUGAGCCGUGUCACGACAAAACCAACAUAAUGGAUUUGCGACCAGCAUGGAUCCAGACCAGCCUGCGCAUCCGCUCAGUCUGAUCAGGAUCCAUGCUGUUCGCUUACAAACCCUAUUACAAGUAGAGAAACGGAUAGCAAACAGCAUGGAUCCUGAUCAGACUGAGCGGAUGCGCAAGCUGGUCUGGAUCCAUGCUGGUCGCAAAACCAUUAUAUUGGUUUUGUCAUGACACAGCUCAAAUGAUAAAAGAUUUAAACAGUUAUGUCAUACAGAAGUUUAUACACUAGGGAAUGGUAACAUGAUACCAUACUCCUUAAUAAACAGAUUGAAGUCAUUAACAAUAAAUGUCAUUGUUAACUGGCACUACUUUGACAAAAUAUAUAUGUAUAAACCUUAUCAAAUUGUGUUAAAAUCAGAACUAUUUAGACACAAUACUUUACCAAACUUUAUGCAACAGUAGUAGAAUCUGUAAAUAACUAUUGUGAGAAAUAAUGAUAAACUUUUAGAUACUUAGAUAUUGGUCAUAGUUAAACCUGGAUAUAGCAUCUAGAUAUAUACUGUAGGUUACAAAUAUACUUGUAUGUGACAACAUGUAAAUAUAAUACCGCUUGUUGUGAUAGAUUAUUUGUUUGCUUAUUGUUAACAUAUCAUAUAUAGUUUGUAUUAGAGAGGAUUUUUAAACCAUUGUUGCUGUUAGAUUAUUGUUAUUAAAUAGGCUGUUGACGUAUCACAGGAUUUUUGGUGCAUUUUUUGUUAGUUACAUAAUAUUAUAUGUUCUUUGUGUUUUUGUGAUUGUUUGUAAAAAAAAGAAAUUUUCGGUACAUUGUGUUUGACAGCAUUAUAAAAUCAGGCAAGUGGGGGUGGCAUAAAUUUUAGGGAUUUUUUUGGCCAAUUUGGAGCCGGGGGGGGGGGUGUUAGGGGUUAUGCUAAACUGACCUGUGACCAAGUCUGAUAUUAUUUAGUAAGUUUCAUCUCUUGAUUUUAGUAUUCAACAUUUAUUGAACAAGAUUUAAAAAGUAUUGUAUUUCUAAAUGACUUCACACAUGGAAAAAAUCAUAACUAUAUAUAAUGAUAAUGUUCUAUCUAGGUACCAGAAUAAGCCACAAAUAAUGCAUCAUGGAUGGUACAAUGUUAUUUAUUAUGUACUUGGUGUCCUAUAGAUUAGUAUAUCCUAAUAAAGGAAAAUAAUGUCAUAAAAUGAUAGUUUAUUUUCAUCAGUCUGAAUUUUGAUACUGUAUCAUUUUCAGGAAGGGUAUCAUAAAUAUUCUUAUUAAUAAGUAAAGCUAAAGUUAUGUUAAGAUUUAUGUUUCUUCUUAGUGUUAUUAUGUGUUAUUAUGUUUGUCUUGUAUCUAUUCAAAUUAUAUCUAAAAGAAUCUCUCUCAAGUAUUUACUUGACUUUUUAUUUUGUGUGAUUUUGUUUGUUUUUUCACAUAUGAACAAAUAUUAUGUCACUUUUUCAUCAGCAGAACAGCCAUUCAGAUAUAAUUUAUCAGAAACUCAACUGCUGGUGACAUUUAAAGCUUUCUGCUUACCUUGUGUUAACUUGUGACUUCCAGGCUUUAAUACAUGUUGCUAUAAAGGCAAAUACAAUUCUGAAAUAAGGGUAAUGCAACAACCGCAAAGAAAAUAACAAAUAGAGAAAGUAGAUCGAAAAAAAUAAACAGGGGUGUGUUUGUCCGAUAUAUACAUGUAUAUACAGUAUAUAUAAGUUGAAUGUAUAUGUUGUUUUCCAUCUUGGCAGCAGGUGCUGUCUUUCCAUCUAUAUGUAGUUAGUAUAUAUCUAUUGCUGUAUAAUGUUAAUAAAUAAGGGUUAAAGGUCAUGAAAUUGAGUUCAGAGCCCAGUCUAAUAUCUGUACAGGAUGGGUGUAUCUAAACCAUUCACUGAUGAUUUGAUAACAUGUUCUAUAAUACUAGGCUCAUGACACUUUAUGUAUCACUGUGAAAAACAACCCACACAGAAUAAACCAUUUCAAUCUUAUAACAACAUACAUGUAGUUAAUUUGCAGUUACCAUACAAAGUAAUUGCAAAUAAAUAUACACUUAAACGAGAUCAUUCACUCUGUAAAGUAUGUUUGACUCAAAUUGAUCCAUAGUUUAACCUGAUUCUAAGAUAACUUGAAUGUGCAAUUAUAUACAAGCACCCCUUUUGAUCAUUGGUUAGAAAAACUGCUGUGCCAUACAGUACGAUAUGGAGCAUGCCACUGAUCAAACCAUGAACCAUACUGUAUUGUUAAAAUAAUUACAAUAUAUUGUUUUGCCCUUACUGUACUACAUACUGUAGACAAUAGUCAUGUUGCUGUCUUGACUGGAGUCUUUUUGUAUCUAUAAUAGAAGGAUAUACCAGUCUAAGACUAGUCACUGGUCUUUGGGCUCAAAUUCUUGGACUUCUUUAAUCCUUGAGCUUUGCUUGAAUGUAGUUAAGCAUAUUUAUUCAAGAAUUUGUUUUUUAUUAUCAUCAACUUUUCAUCAUUUUGAUAGUUAUUUAUGUUUAAUGUUUAGAAACAAUCUUUUUACCAUUGUUGUAUAAAUCUAGUUAUAAAUGUGUAUGUGUAAGAUUUCAAAGAAUUUAAACUUAACUCUUGUCCCUCUAAAUAUCUUAAUAGUACUUGUCCAUAUUUCAAUCUGGAUAAAACCAUUCUUCAUUUUUGUAAAAAAAGUUCAAAAUAUUAACUGAUAAAAUAAUGAUCAAUGAAAACCAUGAUCUGACUUGCAGCUGAUUUUAGCCUGCACUGAUUGCAUGGAUAGAUUCUGUUGCUUUCAGCUACAAUGUAAGUUUCUAUUGGCAUUAAUAGGUUAUUGACAAAAAAUAGCAUAGUUAUCAAGCUUUAUAAUAUGAAAUUUGAUUUGUCACAGAUAUAUUUAGAAAUGACUAUAGUAUGGGAAAUGUAAUAAUUGAUAUUGUCUAAGUCAGUGUUAAAAGAUUUGAUUUUCAAGACUUUAAUAACAGCUUCAACUAAUAACUGAUGUUACUGUAAAUUUAACCAGGGCAUAGGUGCACAAUUUUAAGCAUGUUCCUUGCUUCAUCAUUUUAGAGUAGAAAUUUUUCAAAUCUACUUUUUCUUUUGGAUUUUUCUUCAUUUCCGACUGUUUUUCCUGUUUAUAACUUAUUUCAUCAGCUUUAUUUAUGUUAGAUGUUUAAAGAAGUACAAGAUUUUGUUAUUCAGAUUUUAAGAUUUUUAUGGAAAAUGUCACCUCACAGACAUAUUGACAUUGUUUUGAUUUAUAUUUUCUGAACUUUUUUAAAAAUUCACAGUUCACUUGCCUUUGCCACCAAUAUAGAGCUACACAAGUUUGUACAUCUUUAAAGUCUGACCAGCUAUCUUAUGCUGAGUCACUUAUUUUUUUGACAGAGCAAUUCCUUGUUGUAAAGUUGACUGUAUUUUUUAUAGAUUGUUCUAGUAAUUUGAAUGCCAUUUUUGAGUUUUGGACAAAUGAUAACUAAAAUCUCUUAUUUGUUAAUGUUUUUAGUUGAAUCAAGCUUUUAUUGGUAUUUUAAGUAUUUACAAAAAAUAUUAAUUCCCUUGUUGACUAUAUCUACACAAUCUGCACUGAAAGAGAAAAUAAAAUUGAUUUGUGAAA